UGAUCAUGGCAUAUGGCGCUCCUGAAACCGUGGUGUCAGACAACGGUUCACAAUUUCGGUCUCACGCUUUUCGUAAAUUAAUGCAGCAGUAUGGCAUUACACAUACCUUCACAGCGGUGCAUUCACCACAAGCAAAUGCUUCUGAACGCGUUAAUCGCUCCGUGAUUGCCGCAAUCCGAGCAUAUUUGCGUCCAGACCAGAAGGACUGGGACGAACAUCUGAACAGGAUAUGUUGUGCAUUGAGGUCCUCCGUUCACUCUAGUUUGGGAACAUCUCCAUAUUAUAUGGUUUUUGGACAGCACAUGAUAACAUCCGGUUCUACGUACUCACUUCUAAGGAAAUUAAAUUUACUUGAUGACCGUUCACUGAAAUUCAAUCGCCAGGACUCGUUUGAGAUCGUUCGAGAAAAAGCAAGUAAGCGUAUGCAGGAACAGCACGCCGAAAACGAGAAACGGUAUAACCUUCGGUCUCGAAACGUUUCAUUUGCGGAAGGACAAGAGGUGUAUCGACGGAGCUUCAAACAAAGUUGCUUUCAGACUGGAUAUUCUGCCAAAUUCGGACCGUCUUUUGUAAAAUCAAGAGUUCGCAAGAAGCUAGGAAGCGCGUAUUAUGAACUGGAAGACUUACAAGGACGCCUCAUAGGUACCUAUCACGCCAAGGAUAUCCGGCAGUAAGGCCUCUUCCGUCGGUAUCAGUCUAGGGUACCAGGGAUAAAAUACCCUAGCCUGAUUGUUCGGAGGGGCUUUGUAGAGGCGACUGAAUAGGCCGUUUUAGUUUAUCCUAGAAGUAUGCUUCUUCUCUGGAACUGCUAGCCGAGUUUCAUUGCAUAUCUGAAACUUUGGUGCAAUUUUAUCGGAGUAAUAAAAAUGAGAAUGGCAAUUCAUCGAAGGUCAGCUGGCGCAGGGUUUCUUUGGGAAGCUCGACUCAGCUGAGAGACAUUUCCGCCGGCGGCCUCAAUUAGGCCACGCUAUUCUAGACUCGGUCUAUUCAAACCAAGCCGUCAUUGAGUGCAGAUGCACCUAUUCAGUAAUCUAUUAAAAUCAGUGACAUCACACGUGUAUCGCAGCCGGGAAGUACAGAAAAAUCGCGGAGAUAAAUUCGUGAAUCCGAUCGCGAAUAAAUUGUGGAUGAAAUCUGUGUGGUUUUUUUUUUGGAAUAAGACCUCAAAACCAGGUGGGUAAAACCUUGUGUUCGCUCUUUUACGAAAAUUUAUAGUGGCAACACAAAUUUCACAGAGCUGCCGAGGAGCCGCCAAAUCGGAGCACCUGUCCCGCAGAGCGCACGGAUGAGCUGCCCUGCUGGGGACAAAUCCCUGUCGGAGGGGCAGCCACAGCGGUAAAGCAUCCGCACGAGGAGCGCCGUCCGCAGAGCGCACGUAGGAGAAGCCUGCCGGAAAAGCAUCCCUGCUGGAGAGGCAGCCACAGCGGUAAAGCAUCCGCCCAAGGAGCGCCUGUC